AUGAAAGACCUUAUGAUGAAGAAGAGAACGGUGAAUGAUGAACUAGUGGAUAAUAUUCACCAUUGUAGUGACAUUUCAACAAGGUCCUUGGUGCAAAAGAAAGCAGACCUAGGAGCAUUCACUAUCCCUUGCAUCAUUGGGUCUCUUGAUUUUGCUAAGGCAUUAUGCGAUUUGAGAGAAAAUAUUAACUUGAUGCCCCUUGUUGUGUACAAAAAGUUGGGUUUAGGAGAUCCCAUGCCCACAAAUAUUCAAUUAGUAAUGGCAGACAGGUCGGCGAAGCAUUCAAUGGGGAUAUUAUAUGACGUUAUUCUAAAGGUGGAUAGCUUUAUAUUUGUUGUUGAUUUUGUCAUUCUGGAUUGCGAGUUGGAUUUUGAGGUACCCAUUAUCUUGGGUAGACCUUUCCUUACAACCAAAAGUAUGCUUAUUGAUUUGUGGGAUAAGAAGCUGUUGUUCAGGCUUAAUGAAGAGGGAGUUCAUUUUGAUGUGUCCCAGUCUAUGAGGCAACCGAAAGAGAUGAGUGUACUCUCUAUUAUUGAUGUUUAUUAUGAGGAUAAGACAGAAGUGCCAAUAGAGGAUAAGUUUGUUAUUGAACCUUUAGCUACAGUCUUAAUGAUCUUUGAUAGCGAAGCCAUAUAUCGAAGAGCCACUGGUGUUGGAGUUGAAAAAAUUGUCAGGACAUUUAUGCUUGAGGAGGAUUGCACCCCAUCCAUUGAGCACCAACGUCGCCUUAAUCAAUCAAAGAAAGAAGUGGUUAAGAAGGACAUAAUUAAAUGGCUUGAUGUAGGAGCUGUAUAUCCCAACGCAGCUAGUAAAUGGGCUGCUUUGUUGAAACACAAUGUGAAGAAGCAUAAGGUUACUACUCCAUAUCACCCACAAACCAAUGGGAAAGUGGAAGUUUUGAAUCGAGAGAUAAAAGCAAUUUUUGCUAUAAUGGUGAAUGCGAGCCGAAAAGAUUGGUGUCAAAAUCUCGAUGAUUCCUUAUUGGCAUAUCAAACUUCUUUCAAGACACCUAUUGGGAUGUCACCAUAUGAGCUGGUCUACGGUAAAGCGUGUCGUCUUCUGGUCGAAUUAGAGCACAAGGCCUUGUGGGCUCUCAAAUGA